AUGGCUGCCGCUCUCCUCGUCGGACCACCGGAGAUCCAUCAACAACCACCUAAAUUCACCCCCGCCCCCGCCCCAACCACCACGGGCGAUGCAUUCAUCAACCUAAUGGUCGAAGAUUUUAACGAAACGGCAACGUCAGCAUCCCCGUUGAGAGGCCUGACGGAAAACGACUCUCCGACACUUCUAUCGUCGGGAAAUCCAUGUUUGGAUUUCUUCUUCCACGUCGUCCCAGACACGCCGCCGGAGUCCGUCGCCGAUCGCCUCAAGCUCGCGUGGGAUCAUGAUCCGCUCAAGGCGCUCAAACUCGUCUGCAAUCUCCGCGGAGUCAGAGGCACCGGCAAAAAUGACAGAGAGGGCUUCUACACCGCCGCGCUGUGGCUGCACCAGCACCACCCCAAAACCCUAGCCAGCAACGCGGCCUCCUUCGCGGAGUUCGGAUACUACAAGGAUUUGCUCGAGAUCCUCUUCCGUAUCCUCGAAGGAGCCGAGGCGCGAGAGGGGAAGAGAAGAAGAAAUGAUAACAGAAGAGAUGAGAAGAGAAGAAGAGAGGAGGAGAAGAAAGGAAGAAAGGUGGUAUUUAAAGCAAUGGCGGAGUUUCGCGGAGGGAAGAAUUCGACGCCGGAAGAGAGACGGAUUGAGAGAGCGAGGAGAGUGGUGGAGAGAUUCAAUCACGACGCCGAUUUCCGGUUCCUGCACGAUUGCAUUUCAGAUCUCUUCGCGCAGCGGCUGAGAUCGGAUAUGGAGAUGUUGAAAUUGGGGCAAUUGGACAGAAUCAGCCUCGCCGCGAAAUGGUGCCCCUCUCUCGAUUCUUCGUUCGACAGAAUCACGCUGCUGUGUGAGACCAUAGCGAAGAAGGUGUUUCCGGUGGCGGAGUUUCCAGAGUAUGAAGGCGUGGAGGAGGCGCAUUACGCGUAUCGGGUGAGGGAUCGGCUGAGGAAGGAGGUGCUCGUGCCGCUGCGGAAGGCGCUGCAGCUGCAGGAGGUUUACAUCGGCGCUAACGAUUGGGGAUCUCUGCCUUACAACAGAGUCGCUUCCGUCGCGAUGAAAACAUACAAGACUCAAUUCUACAACCAUGACGAAGAAAGGUUUAAAGAGUAUCUCGAGAAAGUUAGGUCCGGUGAAGCCACUAUAGCAGCCGGCGCAUUGCUUCCGCACGAGAUAAUCGAAUCGUUGAAUGAUGAAGACGACGGCGAAUUGGCGGAGCUGCAGUGGAGGAGAAUGGUGGAUGAUAUGUCUAAAAUUGGGAAAUUGAGCAAUUGCCUUGCAAUCAGUGAUGUUUCAGGGAGUAUGUAUGGGAUUCCGAUGCAGGUAUCGGUGGCGCUAGGGAUUUUAUUAUCGGAAUUGAGCGAGGAGCCAUGGAAGGGGAAGCUCAUCACUUUCAACCAAAAUCCAGAGCUUCAAAAUGUGGAAGGGGAGAGCUUGAAAUCGAAGACAGAGUUUGUUGAACGUAUGGAAUGGGGAAUGAACACUGAUUUCCAGAAGGUGUUUGAUAUGAUACUUGAAGUGGCGGUGAAAGGGAAGCUGAAGGCAGAGGAGAUGAUAAAGAGGCUGUUUGUGUUUAGUGAUAUGGAAUUCGAUCAGGCGUCUGCGAAUCCAUGGGAGACGGAUUAUGAGGCUAUAGUGAGGAAGUUCAAGGAGAAGGGAUAUGGAGAGUGCGUGCCGGAGAUUGUGUUUUGGAAUCUGAGGGAUUCGAUGGCGACGCCUGUGUCGUCUAACCAGAAAGGGGUGGCGCUAGUGAGCGGAUACUCGAAGAAUUUGAUGAAAGUAUUUGUAGAAGAGGGAAGAAUAAUAGAUCCAGUGGAGGUGAUGGAUGCUGCAAUUGCUGGAGAAAAAUAUCAGAAACUGGUUGUCUUGGAUUGAGAUGUUUUCAAACGUUCAAAUUUUUUAACUUCAGAAUUUUGCAAUAGCAAGCUUAUUGGAAUUGCCAGUAUGAUAUGGUUAUUACCUUGCACCA